AUGAACAAAGCACAAGUGGCUCAUAAUUGUAUUCACAAACUGGAUUGCCUGAACGAAGAUACCAACCCGCUGUCCCCCCUUUCCAAAGCGUCGUAUCAGCGAAGCAGUGCCAUGGGGAAUUUCCUCGGGUUAAAGGAAAACAAAUACAAUAACACCAACAUAAACAUCUUUGAGAAGAGGUACGGCUAUAACCUGAACGAUCUGCACAGCUACGUCUACAAAAUCAAUCUGCCGCUGAAGCCGCGCUACGUAGGCUAUGUGCUAGAGGAGAAGGGAAAACGGCCAAAUGGGAAAUCUCCCCGUGGAGUGGUGCCAAGUGGGGAAUCUUCUGGUGGUGUAGCGCCAAGUGGGGAAUCUUCCGGUGGGGUAGCGCCAAGUGGGGAACCCCCCGGUAGAGAUACCCCCAAUGUAACUUCCCCCACACACUGUGAGGCCGACAGCAUGGGCGACGCCUCAGAAGGAAGCCAACCCUCCCCAGUGGACAUAUACAACCGGUACGACAGACACAACCUGCACAAUUCAAGCAAUAUUUAUCAAAAUAAAUUAAAAAUAAAUCAGAACAAGGGGCAGCCGAAGGGGCAGGAGAAGUACAAAGACAUGUACGUCCACAUGUCAUAUGACAAAAACUACAUCUACGACGAACAUAAAAAUAAUAUUUACGCAGAGGACAGUAUCUAUAAUUAUGUCUCGAAAAAAAAUCCCGCGUUAAUGCCACAAAAAAAGGGAGGCGUAAAGAAGACCUACGCAAAUUUAUGUUUAAAUUACUACAACAAUCUGGACACCUGUCUGAUUAAGAAGUAUCAGAAAAAUGUCCAAAACAGGAAAUAUAAAUUUACACGCCUGCACACGAUCAAGAAAGAACUGAACGAACUACGGCAGAGGUACAACCACAUCGUAAAAUAUGCAGACGUGGGGUUUACAGACGCGCCCAAGAUUGAACCCUCCCAGGGGAAGACCUACAUAAGUAAGAAGAAGCACAUGCUGCUAAACAUAUAA